CCUUGAUGGGUAGCAUUUGAUCGGUUCGAGUCAAUCCGAUCGUCUCUCCAUCUUCUUCUUCUUCUUCUUCUUCCUUCUUCUCAAAGCAAUCGCCCGUCUCUCUCUCUCUCUCUCUCUCUUCUCCGUGGGUUUUCUUGUUCUUAAAUUCAUUCUCCGGUUGGAUUGCGUAAGGAUGAACAAGAGCGUGUUUAAGCAGGAGCAUGACUUUGAGAAGAGACGUGCCGAGGCGGCGAGAAUAAGGGAGAAAUACCCGGACAGGAUUCCGGUGAUUGUGGAGAAGGCGGAGCGAAGUGAUAUUCCCAACAUCGACAAGAAAAAAUAUCUUGUCCCAGCCGACCUUACCGUGGGUCAGUUCGUCUAUGUGAUCAGGAAGAGAAUUAAGCUGAGUGCCGAAAAGGCGAUCUUCAUAUUUGUUGACAAUGUCCUUCCACCCACAGGAGCAAUAAUGUCUGCCAUUUACGAUGAGAAGAAAGAUGAGGAUGGGUUUCUCUAUGUCACAUACAGCGGAGAAAACACGUUCGGCGACAACUGAUUAUGGCGAAGCGCUGCCCGUUCCUUCAUCUCUGCCUCAUUGCCAUUAGUUUCCUCGAGCUGAACUCUGGCUUGUAUAUAAAUAUCCAUUGUGCUUAUGUGGGUAACCCAUUCUGUGUAUAUAAUAAGCAUUUGUCAAAACCUAUGAUGCUAAUGAAAAACUUAAGUACAUAAUACGACGCAAUCGCUCCAGUCCAGUUUAUGUACUGCUGAUGGGCUGGUUGGACACAUCCCCGAGCCAAAGAUUCUGCAAGAAUGCUUGGGUAGUUUCACUGGUAUUUGAAGUUGAUUUUUAUCCUCAA